AUGAUUGACGAUACAAAAGUAGACUCAAACCCCGAUAUACAAAAUCUCACCAAACAAGGCAUUCUCUUAGAAAACUACUAUGGACUCACACAUCCUUCUCAACCAAAUUACAUAGCAUCUGUCGGAGGUGAUUUUUUCGGUCUCAAUCAUGAUGGAUUCGUAAGGAUACCGCAUAAUGUGACAACAGUGGUGGAUCUUUUUGAGGAUGCGGGAAUUACUUGGAAGGGAUAUUUUGAGGGAAUGCCAGGACCUGGAUAUAUGGGAGAAGGAAGUACGGCGCAGGAUGGAAAAGGAUGGGAUUAUGUACGAAAACAUAAUCCAUUCGUGAGUUAUGAUAGUAUAAAUACAAAUGGUACACGACUCCAAAAUCUUCUCUCCUUGAAAGAUUUCUCAACCACAGUUCAAACCGAUCCAUCUUCCUUACCACAAUACGCGCAUAUAUCCCCGGAUAUGCUAAAUGAUGGACAUAAUACCUCUUUAGCCUUUGCUGCUAAUUGGACACGAUCAUUCCUUACGCCACUUCUUCAAAAUGAAGCUUUUAUGAAUAAUACUCUUAUUCUUCUUACCUACGAUGAAUCGGAAACCUAUUCUAAACCGAAUCGAAUUUAUUCCGUCCUUCUAGGUGGUGCUGUACCAGUGGAUAAAAGGGGAACUGUAGAUACAACUGUCUAUUCACAUUAUAGUAUUCUCUCUACCUUGGAGAAUAACUGGGGUCUUCCUAAUCUUGGCCGUUACGAUGUUGGAGCUAAUGUUUUUUCCCUUUGCGCCUCAAAGACGAACUACACGAAUAUAAAUCUCAAUAUGUCGAUUCUCAACAAUUCUUUAAGUUAUCCCGGAUUCUUAAACAAUGACCCGGCUAAAUUCGCGCCAGUCCCGGUUCCAAACCUCAAAUUAAUAGGUGCAGGUGGAAAAGGUGUUGAUGAUUAUACACGAGCGGAAUGGGUCAGUGCUAAAUCAAAAAAGACGCCCUAUGAUGGUAGUGGAGAAUUUUUCGAUGGUGGUAAUGGAAUAACUGAUGAACGGAAACCUGUUUAUCAUAGUCAAGAGGCAAAUAUUGUAGCUACAGCUACAAUGUCCCAACCAUAUAGUGCCACUGCUACUUCUACUACUAGUAGUAUGAUAAGCGCAAGUGCAACUGGAAGUACGACGAAGGGAAGUGGAGCGGAGAGAAGUAGAAGUGUAGGAAUGGGUUGUGGAAAGGAGGUUUUGGGAUUAUGGGUUGCUUUGGUUUUUGCUAUUGUGGUUUUAUAA